UUGUGCGGAGUGAUCUGAUACGGACUACACCCAGCCGCUGCCUCACUGCCCUGGCUUUCUUUGCUGCCCCAGCCUUGACGUCGGUGAACGUCGAAGUGCGGGUUACAUUGGAUACUCUAAAUUUUCCUGGAGGCUUUCCUUUGAAUUGGCUAUCUCUUGAUUGGCAAGCUUACUUCCAGAGCAGUAGGCAUUUUUAUAUAGCAUCAAUUUCUUGAAUAUGUCUUGGCAAAGCUACGUGGAAAACCUGAUGGCCGAUGGCAGCUGUCAGGAUAGCGCCAUUGUUGGGUAUACGGACGCCAAAUAUGUUUGGGCAGGACAUGCCGGUGGUACAUUCAACAAUAUCACGUCUCAAGAAAUUGAUGUCCUUAUUGGUAAGGACAGAGAGACCUUUUACACCUGUGGUCUCACUCUGGGCUCAAAGAAGUGUUCAGUCCUCAGAGACAGCCUGCAGGACGACGGGGACUGGACAAUGGACAUCAGGACGAAGAGCCAAGGAGGAGAACCUACAUACAAUAUCUCUGUUGGAAAAGCUGGAAAAGUUUUGGUUCUGGUAAUGGGCAAAGAAGGGGUCCAUGGAGGCGGAUUGAAUAAGAAGGCUUACUCAAUGGCAAAAUACUUGAGGGAUUCAGGGUUUUAAUGUUUUCAAGCUCACUAAGAUAAAAAAAAAUGAGGGACAAAAAGAAGAGAAAAGAAAAAAUUGCUGUUAAGAUUUCUCCUGCAAGCAGUCAAAUGUCUUGGAAACUUUUAAUAGCAAUGAAGAGUGGUAAGAUACUGUGUCACCUUUGUUCCCCCCCUCCUUCCGUCCUGUAGGAGGGGGAGACUCUUCAAUUUUGUUCAUUUCUCUUUUUUUCCUUGUGUGCUCCAGUAUUGGUUAUAGUCAUGGGAAAGGAGGCGGUCCAUGGUGGAAAUCUUAACAAGAAAGCACAUGCAAUGGCUGACCACCUGAGGAAGUCUGGAUAUUAAGCAACCUCUCCACCCAUCCAUCAACUUAGCCGCUCGCCCCCCCUCACCUCAUUGUGUUGACAUUACUUCCAGGAUUAGAUGGCAUACAAUGUUACUUCCUCCCCAGUCUACUUUUAUACACAGCCUUUUUUUCUCCUUUUUCAACUCCCACACUCCUAGGUUGUUGGUUUUUUUUUAAACCUUCCCCACUUUACCACUGUACUUCCAUGUCAGCACUAAAAUAAUUGCAUGUGCAUUAAAAUGUUUAUUAACCAAAAGCAAAAAAAUGUUGGCAAAGUGUAAUGAAAGUGUCACUCAAAAUUGGACUUGCUUUGUAUAACAUUUGCAGGUUAAUAAUCCAAGGGGAAGUACAUGUGUAAUGGUGGUGACAGCUGCAUAGAUAUGCUUUGUGAGCAUUAUUACAAGAUGCCAGUUUUGAGGUUUUCUUUCAUCAGCAUGUAGGCAUUUAAAAGUUGCAUGCAUACCAUCUUUAGCAUACAAACCCCAGCCCCUUCCCUUCUCUGUCCAAGCAUAAUAUUCCAGCCAAAACCAUCUUCUCAUUCUGUCAUCUACAAGCCUCCAUUUAAAAGAAGGAAAAAAACGCUCUCUGACAAAGUCCUGUAUGUGUACCAGUUCUCCACCAUCAAGCCCAACUUUGUUUUACCCUCCAUCACAUGCUUUUGCUGUUGUACCUGAAUGUGGUCUUAAAAAGUUACGAUGUGGUGUUGGGCUGUUGUUUGAGUGUAGUUUUAAGGUCCGCAUCAAGUUGUUGUCACGAUACUUCAACACAUCUGGGAGUGGACAUUCCACCUCUGUGACGGCUCCUUCAGCUCCUGCUUUUUGUAACCCCCCCCCCCCCCCAAAAGUCAUCACGCUCGUGUGUUAUGUGGAGUUAUUUUCCCCUCCCUGCCUUCCCUUUGGACCAAUUGUCAGUGUAAGUGGAUGAUCAGAACGUCUUCAGCUUAUUCUGAUUGAUUGUUGGCAUCGCCUGUUGACUGUAAAUCAUUAGGACAACUUCAGAUGACUGUAAAACAUUUAACUGCUUCCUUAGACUUCAGCACUACUUUUCAUCACUAAUUGAUUUGUUGCUAACUACAUCUCCAUUAACCAAUGAAAAAGCAUUGUCAUUUUACUACAUUAUGAAUGCAUUUUGACUGUAAAUCCAGGCUGUUGGCCUCCAACACCUUGGAAAUAAUUUGCCUUGUGCUUUAGUCAUCAAAGGUGUAUUCACAAAUUGUCAUAGUAUGGUACUUAGAAGUAUAUUUAAAAGUAAAAAAAAAACAAUGCUGUGUACACUAAACAUUGAAAAUGGUGUUGGUUGGAAUAAGAACAUUUGUAAGUUGUCUUGUGAAAAUUUUCUGAGAAUAACUGUGUAUUCUGUGCCAUAAAAUCGAUCUGAUCUGUUGCUACUAUGAGUUGGAUUUUUAACUGUUGCCCUGACAAGAAGUAACUUUUAAUGGCACUUUCUGAAGGGAUAUUUUGACAUCAGUAAUCUCCAGACUUUGUCGAAUAUGUACAGAAUUAAACAACAGAAAAAUACAUUUGAAAUAUUUUGUCCUUUUUUUUUUUCUUUUUUUUGAGUUGGAUAUUCCCUCUGCCACAAACUCUGCUAUUUCAAAUGCCAUGAAUUGAUGAGACAUCUUGUUUACAGACAGAUCAAAUAAAAGUUAUUCCAACCAGA